AGUUGAAAGGUGGGCGGGAAAAACACUUGAAGAAGGCCUCCGAGCAGCCGUCGGAGGGGAACAAGGUGCCGCCGCUGCCGAGCUGGGGCCGUGUGGGGAGCGGCGACUUGGAGGUGAAAGGGUCCAUCUCCCACUCGACCAUCCACCUGAGCCAGAUUGGCCCCAGCGACCUGGAGAAAACCAAGGCACCUCAGGGACCGCUGGAGCCUUCUGCCCAGUCGGACAAGUCUCACCAGCGGGAGAAGCUGGAGCGCUUCAAGCAGAUGUGCCAGAUGUUGGAGCGGGUGAAGAACAGCAGCAGCUCCAGCUCCAGCUCCGACUCGGACUCGGACACGGACUCGCGGGGCUCGGAGGGCUCCAGCGGGGGCGGGGGCUCCAGCCGGGCCACCUCGCCCGCCUCCCGGGCCCAGCGCCUGGCCGCCCUCGGCUUCAGCGCCAGCGAGGAGGAGGAUGAGGAGGAGGAGGAAGAAGGCCGCAACGGGGGCUCGGAGGCGGCCCGCAAUGGCAAGCAGCCCAAGGGGCAGCGGGCGAACUGUCAGGAGAAGGAGAACCACCACCGGGCCGCCAGCAGGGGGAGUGAGCGAGCCAAGCAGCAGGCCGGGGGCCGGAAGGGGGGUCGGCCGGCCGGGCAGACGGGCCUGCACAUGGUGGCCCGGACUCAGUUCCUCCAGUGGCCCCUGGUGCCCUCGCCCCCCAAGCCCCUGCUGCAGUUGGAGCGGCACGUGGUGCGCCCGCCCCCAGACAGCCCCGAGCCGGACUCGCUGCCCCUGGACAGCGGCUCGGACCACGUCAUGCAGCGUGACGUCUGGCUGGCCGUCUUCCAGCACCUCAGCUACCGCGAGCUCUGCGUCUGCAUGCGGGUGUGUCGGACCUGGAGCCGAUGGUGCUGUGAUAAGCGCCUCUGGACCCACAUCGACCUGAGCCGCCGGAAGUCGAUCACCCCGUCUAUGCUGAGCGGCAUCAUCCGCCGGCAGCCGGCCAGCCUCGACCUCAGCUGGACCAACAUCUCCAAGAAGCAGCUCAUGUGGCUCAUCAAUAGGCUACAGGGCCUGCGGGAGCUGGUCCUGACGGGCUGCUCGUGGUGCUCCGUCUCGGCGCUGAGCACCGCCAGCUUCCCCUCGCUGAGGCUGCUCGACCUGCGCUGGAUCGAGGAUGUCAAGGACUCGCACCUCCGGGAGCUGCUGCUGCCACCCACGGACAGCAAGCCAGGUCAGACCGAGAGCCGGGGCCGGCUGCAGAACGUCUCCGAGCUGCGUCUGUCGGGGCUGGACAUCACCGACUCCUCGCUGCGCCUCGUCGUCCGGCACACGCCCCAGCUCGCCAAGCUGGACCUGAGCCACUGCAACCACGUGGGUGACCAGUCCGUCAACCUGCUGACCGCUGCUAACUCGCCCCUCCGCGACAGCCUCGCCGAGAUCAACCUCUCCGGGUGUUAACCGCCUGACGGACCAAGUGUCUGCCUCUCUUCCGACGCUGCCCGCCCUCUCCCGCAUCGAUCUGCGCUCCUGCCGCCACGUCACCCCCGAGGGCUGUGCCCGCUUCGCGAGACUCGCGGCCCCGGCCCCCCCACCUUGCCGGGCCGCCCUUCCGCUGCCCUGAGGGAGAAAUUGCUGAUCAAAGACAGCUAAAGCCGGGCUGGGGCCAGGCUGCGCCACAGACUUGAAGAGACUUUUCACUAAAGCCAUGCACUGAAUCAUGGGGCGGGGCCGGGAGCUUCCGGGGCUGGGGGGGCAAGCGGGGAACUGGGGGGUGGACCUGGCUCCCCACCCAUCUCUGAUUUGGGAGGGCGAUCCCAUUUGGGGUGUCUGGGGGGGCUGAUUGGAGUGGGUACUGCCCUCCGGGGGGUGGAAGCAAGGAUGCGGGGGAGGAAUGCACUGGUACUGGUGGGCACAUCUCCUCCCCCUUUAAACCCCCCCUCCCCCCCCAGCUUCUCAGCGUGCUGCCUUUGGAAUUGGUUGUAUCCGUUGCCAUGUGUUGGCUACUGGAUCUGGCCCCCUCCCACCACCGCAGCCCCUCUGUGGGGGGCUCUAGCACUGAUGGUUUAUCCCACACACUUACACUCCUGGGGGGCAGCCCGCCCCUGCCCGAUGCUCCCACCCCCAUGGAUAACCAGCUUUAAAUAACCACUUUGCGGGGGCAGCGUCUGGAUUUCCUCCCGGGGCAGGGGGGCCUCCUUAAUGCCCCUCCCCCUUCAGCUGCGGGGGAGGGGGCUGGGGAUCCCCCUCCCAGGCCCAAAACUUGAACCUCCUUUUUCGAAACGGUUACGCUUCCCCUGGCUCCUCCCACUUGGCGGGAAGGGGGCGUGGCUUGCGCGGAGCAGGGCAGCGGUUCUACCUGUGGAUCAG